CGACUCUCUCUCUCUCUCAUCGAUUCACGGCGAACCUUUGACUCUCUUCUCUCUGGUUCUCUUCUCUGAAUCGGCACUUCAGUCUCUCUCUCUCUCUCUCGCUCGCUCGCUCUCUCUCUCUCGCUCUCCCCGCCGAAUUUGGCCGUUUCUCCAGCACACCGUCGAAGCUAUCAGGUUUUAAGAUGGAUUGGGGGUCCUUGGGAAGUGGUUUAUAGCCUAUACGUGCAGAAAAGGAUUCGAGAAUUUUCUUCAAGGUCUAAUAAACAUUUUCGUCAUGUGGACUAACGUUUUCAGAAUUGGAGGUCUGCGUGAUGUAUCAUGGUUUCAGUUAAUUCCAAGUGAAUCCGAGCUGAAUCCGUCUCCUGAUAGAAGUGCAAGAGCUGAACAGAAUGAUAUUGCAACAUAUCUUGUGCUUUCGUCUCAUCUACGGUUGCAGAAGGAAGGUUUUCUCAGCACAUGGACAAAUUCUUUUAUUGGACCUUGGGAUCCAUCUCAAGGUGUAUACAACCCUGAUGAAAAGAUCAAGCUUUGGCUCUUUGUCCCUGGGCGGCAUUCAUCGGUUACUGAUAAUGCUCAGUCUGCAGUCUCAAAACUCAGAGUUGUUGCGUCAGGACUUUGGGUGGCUCCUGGGGACUCUGAAGAGGUUUCUGUUGCCCUUUCCCAGGCUUUGCGUAAUUGCAUUGAAAGAGCACUACAUGGACUUUUCUACAUGAGGUUUGGAGAUGUAUUUUCGAAAUUCAAUGCUUCUCAAAGCGAAGAAUAUUUCAGGGGGGGACAACCUACAGUUGAAUUUGUCUUUGCUUCAACCGAAGAAGCGAUUUUUGUCCAUGUCAUUAUAACUGCCAAGAAUGUUCGGACACUCUCAAGUGGUGAUGCUGAAAGACUAUUAAGGAGUUCGUUGAAAAAUUCCAGCUACAGGUUUCCAGUAAUCGUUUCUCCUCAUGGAAUCCGAGGCAACCUCACUGGAUUUUGUCCCAAUGACCUUGUCAAGCAAGUUUACUUCGGCUCUGGGAAUUUUAGGACACCAAGCGGAUAUAUUGGCCUUCCUUCACAUGUUGGACAAGGAUCUGGUAGUCCGAUGAGUAGCCGAAAUUGCUAUGUGGAAGUUAAACUUGGUUGCUGUCGAUCGUUGAACGACAACACAGGACAAACACUUUCGAACUUUACCAUGAACUUACCUAUGAAUCAUUAUCCCGAAUCGUCAAUAGGAGGUAAGGGCAAUCGGAAGGUGUUACCAGAACAUUUUUCAUUGUAUGGGAAAACGUUCAUAUAUCCAGCCGAGGCAGUGCUUGUGCCAGUCCUGCAGUCAACAUUUGCUAAAUUUUCCUUAAAAAGAUUUUGGCUUCAAAACUGGCUAGGACCGUCAUUAGCAGGCUCAUCAUUAUUCAUGCACUGGGCUGGUGAUUUUGAUUUUCCUGGAGCAUCUGAAAAUAGGAGUGAUGGAUUCUACAUGCAAAAUGGUUAUAAUAGCAGCGGCAGCAGCAAUAGUAGCAGCAUUAGUUCGACAAGCAGCGCUUCUAGUGGGAGUGAUGGCAAGAUGGCCUCAAGAACUGGUGACCUUGAGGCAGAUGCAGAUUCUCUGUCAUGCAGGCAAUCAGGUCUAUCUUCUAAUGAUCAGCUGGAGUAUGAUCGUCCAAAGAUGGGUUCCAAGCGGCCCCGAAUAGGGAUGGGAGAGUCAUUCGGUCAAGUAGGCAUUGCAAAUGAUCAAAUUGGUUGGGACUGGGAUGAUGAUGAUAGAGGAGCUGGCAUGGAUAUCCAGGCUCUCCUAUCUGAGUUUGGAGAUUUUGGUGACUUCUUUGAAAACGAUGCUUUGCCUUUUGGGGAGCCUCCAGGGACAGCAGAGACGCAGGCACUCAUGUUUCCUCCAGAUUGUGCUGAUGUAGGUUCUAGUCCUGUGGGUAUGAUGGAUGUAUCGGACCAGAUGCUUUUGCCUGUAGGCUUGCCUUCAUUUGAGAGCUUUAAUCAUGUUCCUCCUGUCAUGGAUGAGUGUCUUAACAACAAUCAAGAGGUCCUCAUGAACAAUGUUGCAUCUGUUUCAUUAAGCCAAAUGCCGGGCUCUUCUACUGGCGAGUUCGAUCAUUUGAUGAAAGCAGAAGCUAUGAUGGCAUUUGCUCCUGAGUAUGGAGCUGUAGAAACUCCGGCAAGUGAGAUAUUCUACACCUUUUUCAAAAGCCCCUAUCUUCCCCAAUCUCGUAAAGCAGAAAGUUCAAAUUCAAGAACAAAUGACCUUGUAUAUGGUGCAACAGCACCUUCCACUGAUUCUGAUGGAUCAGACGAUAAGGUGAUGCUUGGAUCAAAAGCAUUAAUUGGUAAGUAUGAUGGACCAAGGAAGUAUUACACUCAGGUGGAGGGAAGAAGGGUUCAAAAUGAUAAGCGACCUACUGCAAACAGUGAUGACAGUAGAAAGGAGGGCGAUUCUGAAACUCAGUUUUCAAAUUAUAGUUCUGCUAAUACUAUAAAACCAGUACAUGGAAAAAAGACAGACGGUGCAUCUGCUGCCGGUAGUAUUUUGUUGUCUUCAAAGACCUUGCUGGCAACUGAUGUUGAAAGCAUUAUGUUCCAAGCUUUCAUGUGUAGGAUGCGGCACAUGGUCAUUUCUCCAUAUCACAGCUCACCCAUUAGUUUGGCCAGGUUUAAUGGAAAUUCUUGUCUUACUCAGCUGCCCAUUGCACUUGGUACUCAGUCAGACAUAUCUGUUAGGAAUGACAAGAAGAAAGACAUACCUACCAGAAUAGCCGGUGAUCUUGAUGGAGGAAUGUUGGAUAGUCGCCUGAGUGCACCAGUUGGUGUGUGGCGUACUGUGGGCGUCCCAAAAGCAGUUAAACCUGCUGAUUCACCAAAUAUGGAAGCAGGCUCAUCUUUGACCCAUAGUUCUUUCAACGAAGAUAGCUUACUUUCUUAUGGUCAAAGGCAGCCACUGCAGGAGCUUCUUGAUGGCAUAGCGCUGCUUGUACAGCAAGCUACUUCUUUUGUUGAUUUAGCACUGGAUUCAGACUGUGGUGACGGGCCUUAUGGCUGGCUUGCACUGCAAGAACUGUGGAGGCGUGAACUUUCAUGUGGCCCAUCAAGUAUCCAUGCGGGUUGUGGGGGAACUCUGGCCUCGUGUCAUUCUCUAGAUAUUGCCGGUGUAAAGUUAGUAGAUCCGCUUUCUGCUGAGAUUCUUCCUUCAUCUGUAAUUAAUCUACUGCAGUCUGAUAUUAAAACAGCUCUUAAGUCUGCGUUUAGCCAGUUGGAUGGUCCAUUAACUGUCACAGAUUGGUGCAAAGGCCGCAGUCAAUCAGGGGAUGGAGGAGCCCUUCCUGAGGGGUCUACUGCUGAGUCAGCCCUUAGUGAAGUUUCUAAUGCAGUAGAUGGUGGAAAAUCGGAUGAUACAGCUCAGAGCCAAGACGCCUACAGCUCAGAAUUACGCAGACCGACAAUUUUUGUUCUUCCAUCACCUUCUAUACUUCUUGGAUACCAAGAUGACUGGCUUAAAACGUCACCAAAUUCCUUGCCUCAGUGGGAAAAGGCCCCUUUUGAGCCCUAUGCUCUGGCAAAAAAUAUUAGUUAUAGCGUAGUAUGCCCAGAUAUCGAUCCUCUAAUCUCUGCUGCCACUGAUUUCUUCCAGCAACUUGGAACUGUUUAUGAGACGUGCAGGCUGGGAACCCAUUUUCCCCAGAGUGUUGGAAAUCAAAUGGAAAUAGACUCUGGGAAGUUGUCAUCAUCUGGCUUUGUUCUGCUUGAUUGCCCUCAGUCUAUGAAGAUUGAAAGCAAUAAUACAUCACUUUUGGGAUCGCUAAGUGACUAUUUUUUGUCUCUGUCAAAUGGGUGGAAUGUGACGAGCUAUCUGAAGUCCCUAUCAAAUGCACUAAAGGGACUAAAGCUUGGAUCUUGUCUACAUACGAACCAGAAGGAAGGAACUGGUAGUCCCUGUAUGGUUGUGUACGUUGUGUGUCCAUUUCCUGACCCUUCAGCAGUCUUAAAGACGGUAAUAGAAUCAUCUAUUGCUCUUGGAUCAGUAAUUUUACAGUCAGAUAGAGACAGGAGGUCUAUACUCCAUAGUCAGGUCGCCAGGGCGUUGAGUGGUUCUGCUGCUGUAGAUGAAACAUCGAUAUCUCAAAUCCCAGUGCUUUCGGGGUUUACUGUUCCUAAACUAGUCCUGCAAGUGGUGGCUGUCAAUGCUAUUUUCCGGAUAACAAGUCCAACUUUUAAUGAGCUUGUCAUUCUGAAGGACAUUGCUUUUGCUGUAUACAACAAGGCACGUAGAGUUUCAAGAGGAUCGCCUAAUGAUGCAUUUCUGUCAUCUAAUUUGCCAAGCAGAUCCCCUUCAGUCUUGACACCGAUGAGCUCAAUUCCAGGCAUAUGGAAGGACUGUGUUGGUUCUCGAAUGACAGGAACUUCACUACCGAGAGAGAGUGAAAUUGAUGCUAGCUUGAGACCUGGUGCUUGGGAUAAUUCCUGGCAAACAGCAAGAUCUGGAGCAUUAAGCUGCGAUCCAAGCAGAAACGGGGAUUUCUACCUAAGUGAUGAGAUUUCCUAUUUGUUUGAGCCACUUUUCAUCCUUUCUGAACCUGGUUCUGUAGAGCAUGGAGUUUCACCUACUUUUGCUGGCAUGGGGUCGGAGGCUUCGAAACCGAUACCUGAGGAUGGUAGCAGAGGUUUCGGACGUAGUGGGAGUUCAAUGGAAGGUAUAAAUUCAGGAUCCAGUUCUCAGGUUGAUGUAUCCCAGCUUGAUGAAAAUGUUCUUCCAAGCCUGCAUUGUUGUUAUGGUUGGACAGAGGACUGGAGGUGGCUUGUAAGCAUCUGGACUGAUGCAAGGGGUGAACUUCUCGACAGCCAUAUAUUUCCCUUUGGUGGAAUCAGCAGUAGACAGGAUACAAAAGGACUGCAAUGUCUUUUUGGACAAGUUUUGCAGCAGGGGUGUCAGAUCCUACAAACAUGCUCUUCUCCUGAUACUGGAUCCUUCAAGCCCAGAGAUUUUGUGGUUACUCGCAUUGGGAAUUUCUUUGAGCUUGAAUAUCAAGAAUGGCAGAAAGCAAUUUUCACAGCUGGAGGUCCUGAGAUUAAGAAGUGGCCUAUUCAGCUUCGGCGAUCUGUGCCUACAGGCAUAGCAACCAACAGCAAUGGAACUUCGUUGCAACAGCAGGAUCUGAGUCUGAUUCAAGAGAGAUCCCUGCCCUCAUCAACUAGCAAUCUUUACACCUCUCAUGCAAAGCCGUCUACCUUUGUAAAAGGCGGUAUUGGACAAGCUGCUGGAAGAAAUCAGAUCAUGGGUACUCAAACUGUCGCUGACACCCCUAGGGGAUUGCUUCAGUGUGUUCAUAGCAUCAGUUUUGCAUCUAUUUCACUUGACCAUUCUCUACAUUUUGUCUACCCUGCCGAGUCAGUAUCUCCUGGUGGUGGUGGCCAGAGUGGUAACAGUUUGGGUUCAUUAAGUUAUCUCGAAGGUUUCACCCCUGUCCGGUCUCUCGGGUCUACGUCUGUUUCCUACAUGCUAAUACCAUCGCCAAACAUGCGUUUUUUACACCCGAGUCCGCUUCAACUUCCGACAUGUUUAACUGCCGAAUCUCCUCCACUCGCUCACCUCCUCCAUAGCAAGGGCAGCGCGAUCCCGUUGUCAACCGGUUUUGUUGUCUCUAAGGCCGUGCCUUCCUUGAGAAAGGAAUCGAGGAUGAACAUGAAAGAAGAAUGGCCCUCGGUGCUCUCUGUCAGUCUCGUAGACUAUUAUGGUGGGUAUGACAAAAUUCUCCAAGGAGGGAUUCGGACCAAAGAAACAAGAGAUUUCGAGGUCGAAACCCAUCUGAUACUCGAGUCCAUUGCAGCAGAACUCCAUGCUCUAUCAUGGAUGACUGUAAGUCCAGCAUACCGUGACAGGCGAACGGCUUUGCCUUUUCACUGCGAUAUGGUUCUGAGGCUCAGACGUUUGCUUCAUUUUGCUGACAAAGAGCUUUCAAGGCAACCAGAUAAAUCACAAGUUUGAACCCAAGUAGUUUCUCUACACUGAUUUUAACUAGAGAUGUACCAAAAGUCAUGAACAAGUAGGAACGAAAUGGGUUUUUAGAGAUAGUGGAUGUAAGUCACAAGUUUUCUGUCGAUGUUUUAUGAAAUCUGUAAAAAAAAAAAAGGUUUAGCAUUUAGGGUACCGCAAAUAUUCAUUCAUCUCUGCUCUUAUCAGGACAUAUACACUAUUGAAUUCUCCAUGGAGUCUGUCCAAAUUCCUUAGGUGGUCACAAAAGAGAAGAUGGGAAAGGAGGAUGAAAGGAAACGACAAAAGGAGGGAUUAUACUUCAAUUUUCUCCAGCAGCUUAGGUAUUAAUAUGGACCCCUUAUGCUGCUUCCCUCUUUGCUUUUUCUGCAUCUCACAUGCAUCGUCAUAUUCUUAUCUGAUUCUUCCCAUACACUCCAAUCCAUAUAUGCCAUGAUGAUGAUGAUGAUGAUCAGAUGAUGAUGAAACGGUAACCUUAGUAGGUGGGUUUGUUUUUGAAGCUUCGCAUAACAUACAUGACUUCUCAUCCAUAGAUGCCAUCAUGAUGAUGACGAUGAUGGUGAUCGAUGACCAUGAUGCCCGCAUAUUCCCACUCUUCCUUCCAAAGUUUGACAGCUGUUUCACAUCUUUUGAUACAUUUGAAAAUUUAAGUGUCUUAUUGGUCUUA